UUCGCGGUCAAACACAGGGAAGGCUGAACGUUUCGGUGCGAAGUCCCUGCAUGCACUUCUCUCUUGACUUUUUUUUCUUCUUUCUAUUUGACGGGUUCUUAUUUUCCCUCUGAAAAGAGAGAAAAUUGUCCGCCCAUUAAACGGGUUCUUUUACACACAUACACCAUCUGCUGCAAGAUAAUGGGGAAAGUACAACAAGCGACCCUUGUGUUAUUAUUGGCGGCAUGUAUGGCACAUGCCGCCGACAUCUGUGGGACAACUAUAACGUAUCCUGGCACACUGGAGUCUCCGGGAUUCCCGAGCCCUUACGCAAACAACCUUCGGUGUAACAUCACCCUCAUAGGCGGCAGCGAUGCUCCCAUUGUAUUACAGUUUCAAAGUGUCGACUUCAGGGAUGAUGGCGAUGGGGUUAUGGUCGAGGACCAGUAUGGAGCUGUCUCGUGGGUUACUGGCAAUGAGGUUCCUAAGGAGUUUCUAAGUAAAGUACUGCAUGUGACCUUUAUAUCUGAUGGCGUCAAUACCAACGGAACCGGAUUUCAAAUGACUUAUGCUGAAUACCCGAGAAAUGAUGUGCCAGUAAAAGAAACAUUCCACCAAGUAUCGAUGAAACCAGGCAAGGCACUUCACCUGUACAGCAACGACUACCCCAUGAACUACGAUGACACCACUCACUAUAUUUGGAACAUUACGUCAUCCGAUCUCAUGACCUUUACCAUGGUCGACGUAGAACUCGAGGUACGUGAUUGGAUGAAAGUCACCUCAUACUCCAUGACUCGUGACCCUACGGAAUGGCUUAUGCAAAUGGGAACGCCCUCCGCGAACAUUGGACAAAUCACGGUAGCGGAGAGUGAUUACGUCAUUGUAGAGUUCCGGACGGAUUUUUCAGGGCGGGCCUCCGGAUUCCACAUCAUUGUUGAACCGAACAGCGUUGCAGCAAUGGAGGAAAAGCCGGUUUCUUCACCAUGUGGUGGCAACUUUACACUGGCCGAAUCUGCCCUUACCUUCAACCUGCCUGCCGACACAGCUGAUCUGCACUGCGUCUACAGGAUAACCAACAGUGACACCACCUCCAGGGUUCGAGUCCUUGUGGAGGAAAUGACUUCAGAAGAGGGAAUCGACGCCCUGCACGUCUUCACCGGUCUUGAUCACUCGGACUGGUCUGCCUACCGACGUCAGCUCACCGGCUCAGUCAAUGACGAGGUCAUCUUCCUCCAAGAGGGUCAUGGUGUGACCAUGGUUUUAACUUCCGGGUCAGCUAACAUCAGUCGAUCGCUCACUGUAGUCGUAGAGCACGUCCAAGAUUAUGGUUGUGGAGGAACGCUUGAUCUGACAACUUCAGACGGGAUGGGAACCAUUCACAUUGGAAACCUGUCCGCGAGCAUGAUCGACGUGUAUUGUCAAUGGCAUGUCCACACGUCGAUGCUGACAAAUGUGAACGUCCGCGUAUCAUCACAGUCUGAAUCCCUGUAUGACAUGUUGGAGAUCGGCUACGGGUCCGUUCCCACCGAUCUGGGUAGCCGGUUGAAGCUGAUGACGGACAACGUCAGGAACCAGACCUAUUCCACCUACAAUGGCGACCUCUGGAUCGUAUUCUCCGCCGAGGAUGUGAUGGCCAAUGAAGUCGACAUCGAACUCGUGCUUGAUGACGAUGCCUGCCUGAUUGACACACGCUUGGACCUGAACGGCGUCAUCUCGACCCCGCAGCUCGCCGGUGGGUUCUACCCGAACGACGCUGACUGUCAGUGGAUCAUCCAAGUCCGCGGGGGAUUCCGAGUCCGUAUUCAUUUCACCGAGUUCGACUUGGAAUUUGGGCACGAUAAAAUCAUCAUCGGUGGCUCCGAUCUCGUCGAUGACAACUUCGGAACCUCGUAUAUCAUUAUUACUGGUUCAGAAUUACCCAAUGAUGUCAACAGCCGGUACAAUGGCCUCAAUAUCCGAUUCACAUCCGAUAGCACUGGUACCGGUUCCGGAUUCAGUUUGACUUAUGAAGAAUUCUUUGAUUGCCCUACCGGAUACAGUUACAACCCGUCCAACGAUACUUGCUACAAGUUCGUGGAAACGCCCACCGAUUGGUUCAGCGCUCGCUACGACUGCACUGACGUCGCCGAUGGUGAUAUUGUCGUGAUCAAUGACCAGGUGGAGAACGAAUACGUCCUCGAAACGAUCAAUGCGAUGAAGGGCAACGAUUCAAGUGACUGGUGGAUAGGCUAUUACGAUGGCGCCAUCAACGGCGUGUGGACAUGGGUGGAUUGCGGUGCGGAUACCGAUUUUGCCGACACCAACUGGCAGUUCGGUGCGCCGAAUAACCGUGACGACAACCACUGCGCCUACAUGAAUCUAACCGAUGGGAAAUACAAUGAUGAUGCCUGCUUUAAUACCAGACGUUAUGUCUGCGAAAUCACCCGAAAAGAUUAUGUGGAUUCCGACUGUUACCCGUCGAAUUUCCAACUCAUUUCCAUCGACGAUGAUGAAGUUUCUUUGUCUUUCAACGUUUCUGAAUAUGCAUGCGACGUUGCCGGAUAUACGAUCCGUUACAAUACCACAGCCGAAGGCGAUUUUAUCGCAAUCGAUCUCGUAGGGGCGCUUAACACUGACGUCGUUAUUAGCGGUCUCUCUCCCGCUACUACCUACCUGUUUGAACUGACGACCUGCACGGUCAGCUAUGGGUGCUACGGAUUCAGCACCGCUCUGUCUGUGCUUGGUACAACCACUUGUCCCGACAACUACGAGCUUGGUCCCAACGGCCAUUGCUACCGCUUCAGAGACCUCGACCUCGGCUCCUGGUGGUCGACCGGAAGACGAACAUGCGACAACGUGGCCGACUCCGAUCUCGUCAUCGUCAAUGACCAGGCUGAACUUGAUUUCCUAACAAUGAGGUCGGCGGAGAUCAACCCCAACAUGACGUGGUGGGUCGGCUAUUCGGAUCAGUCCGUAGAGGGCGAAUGGCGCUGGGUCGAUUGCACAGAAUCGACCGAUUGGCAGAACGAUCUCUGGGAGGCCGGUUCCCCUGGCAACGGUCGUCUGGACUGCGCGGCUCUCCAACCCACCGGUGAUCUUGUAUCUCUCGUUUGUGACAAAGCACUAAGUUACAUAUGCGAAAUAUCUCCAAAAGAUUUCCAACUCCAGGACGCUAACCCAAGUGAUCUUGCCGUCGUCGCUACACAAACAAGCAUGCUGGUCACGUGGACACAAUCAGAGACAAGCUGUGACGUAGUCGGUUACAGAGUUCAGUAUUGGCUGGCUGAUGAAGACAACGCUGACGUCAGUUCCGAACUCGUAUACGGAGGUAAUGCAAACAGCGCCUCCAUCGAGGAUUUAUUGCCAGACCGCAUGUACAACGUGAACGUGGCGGCUCUCCUCAGUCAGGAUUAUGAGCUGUCCCCUAUUGGACCCGUGACAGUCAAAACAGUUGCUGCUAUCAUCCUCGAAUGCUCGCCCACCAGCAUGUCAGUGCGAGUUCCUCUGGAGCGUCUCGGCGGUGCGACCGUCGGGACUGACCUCCAGCUCAUGAACGAUGAAAAUUGCCAGGGGGUUAUCUCCACAGAUGGAAUGGCCAUUGUUAUCUCCACCAAUCUGACGUCAUGUAACAAUGAUAGGAGUGAAGAUGCCACUUUCGAGUUUUACAGCAACACAGUGACCGAGCGAGAGUAUGGUGUCGUAACCCGUGUUUCUGAUGUGUACAUCCCAUUCACCUGUACUUACAACCGAACUGGACGGGUGGGACUACGCUCAUACGAGCUCAAGAACUACCGCCUCAACGUGACGGAGGAAUCCAGCGGCCAAUAUGAUUUCGCUUUGGAUAUCUACAGAGAUGAGGACUUCGAAGAUAAAUACCUGGAGGACGAUUACCCCGUCGACAUGGACCUCAACGACGACCUCUACUUCGGUGCUUCAGUUCCAUCUCAGGACGGAACCCUCGACCUGUCAAUCACGCGAUGCGUGGCCACGCCCUCCAACUCAUACAAUGACGAUCAGUAUGUCUUUAUCGAGGAAGGUUGUUCAGUUGAUGAGAGCACUGUGAUCAGUCCAGACCAGCUCGACUUUGUCGGAGUCACCAUGACAACCUUCCGUUUUGUUGGCUUAGGCAACAGGGUCUACAUCCACUGCGACCUGCUCGUCUGUGACGCAACAACAGGGAACCUCACAGAAUGCGACGUCACAUGCCCAAGCGGGCUGAAUGCGCGUCAACGUCGUGAUGUCACAGGCUCGAAGUCUACACUUGCGCGUACGAGGAUCAGCCGUGGACCAAUCAGAUUUAGACGUAGCCAAGAGAAUUACGAGCAGAAGGAAUGGAUUUCAUACGACGGUAAACCCACGAUCUCCUCUUUCAACCCCUGGAUGCUGGCUAUCGUUGCCAUGGCAGCGAUCAUGAUAGUUCUCCUCGUCGUCGUGGUGGUAGUCGUCAAGAAGAUGACGUCAGCGAUUCGUUCCCAAGAUGCCCGGAAGCGGGAUGAUGAAGCAGCAGUACCACUUAUGAACGAAUGAAUUGUAUUAAAAAAAAGUCGUCGUAGAGACCAGCAGACACGGAGUUUCCGAAGUGAACAAUAGGCUUAUUGAAACGAAAACAAUUAAUAUUUUUUUCUUUAAUUGUUUGUAAUAUCAGAGGUAUAUUUCACAUUUAGCAGUGUUUAUACGAUGUUUUUUUUUAAUUAUGGUUGGUGAAAAUGAAAUGAAGGUUUAUUGAAAUGGAAUGAUUGGAAAUGGAAUGGACAGGAAGAAAAUUUAAUGAAAUGGAAUGAAACGAAAUGGAAAAAAAAGAAAAUAAAUGAAAAGGAAAAUAAUUGAAAUAAAAUGAAAUGAAAUGACAAAUAAAAUGAAUUAAGAUCUUUUGGGAACAGUUGAGAAUCAAUUUUUAUAUGAGAAAUAUAAUACGGAUGCAAUUACGGGGGGAAAAAGGUCCCUGGUUCAUUACUUAUUCAUCUUUAGAAUAAAUAAAUCUUACGCUGUCGAAAUUGACAAUGUUAAAAUCAAGUCUUGUGGUAAUGUGAUUUAAAAAAAAAAAAAAACAUGUAUUUAACCUUUUUGUACCUCGGAGUGAUGCUUACGUCAAUUAAAAGACAUUGAAAUCAGUGA